UGUUCAAUCUGGGUAGCAGUGUAUCUCAUGCCGAGCUUUACUGAAAUGACAGCAGUAGCUUUUUGCUUAGCUGCACAGCAGAGCAAAACAGAGCUGACUGUACAGCAGUUAUCCUUCAGACAUGUCUAAAUUUUUCAGUCUAUUUAUGAGUAUCAACAAACACUUUGUGCAUACUUUCGCCAUGCGUUGAAUGCUUCUAUUUUCCUUUAAUUUAGCUUAAAACUAGUAAUGGAAUUCCUGAGGUUUUGAAAGGAAUAGCUCUUGGCAAGCCUAGAGUUUUGAAGCCAAAGGCAAAUUAAGAUACCAAGCAAAUACAGGGAGGGCUACUUCUUCAGGGAAGUAUGUUAAGAUUCUUCUGACAUCUUAGAGUUCGCUGUACUUACGUUUUAAAAAAAAUAUAUCUCUUUGAAUUACUCCUUUAAAGCGCAAUUGUUGUUACUUUUCUUUUAAGAAAAUCUUCCUGGAACACAAGGUGACUUUCUUGGUUUUUUCCUCUUGAUGUCACUCAAGAAGUUUAGCCUUUUCAGCCAACCAUUAGAAGUAGAGAGUGUAAUACUCCUUUCUUUGCAGCUGUCUGUAUUUUUCAGUAACUCAAGCACUGAUUGAAAUGUGUAAUUUUAGUUUAAAUGUAAUACGCUCUCGCUACUUAAUCACCACAGUAAUUGUAAUUGAAAGUGGUUGUUAUGCAUCUGUCAGGUGAUGCCGUAAUACAAUCAAAAAUUUAUUUACAUUUUCAAAGUCUAGCUGUGCUUUUUAUGAGGCGUAUCACUAAGCUGCUUUAGCUUUGUGAGAAUGAGAUAGGACGUAGGGAAGCUUGCCUGUCUGUCACAGCCUUGUCCCUCUUUGGCAUCUGUGCUGCUGCUUGCUGCAAGAAUUCUUCCUCUUUUGUAACGUCUUCCCACUAAUCCUGAGCCGUUCAGCGUUCACAGAAAUUUGGCAUGCUAUCUCCUUUAUUUAGGUUACUGCAUUUCUGUAUAGAGUUUCAUGGCUGUAUGCGCCUUCAUUCAGGUCUUGCGAUGUUUUUUAUUAUCAUAAGCAUUUUGAAUGUCUGGGAGCUCAUUAUCAUCUCUCUCAAACUUAACUCAUUUGCUUGCCAUUUGCAAUGCUGCUGACAGUGAUAUAAUCCUCUCUUGCCCAGGGCAGUUGUUUGGGAGUAGCCCUCUUUCUUCCCUUGAAUCCACAGUAAUGUUUUAUUCAUAUCCUCCUUCUUCCUUGUCCAAACAACAUUUUCAAGACCACGUUUUCUUUUUCUGUCUUUACAAGUGAAGUUGAGGCCUGUAUCUGUCAUCUGGAGUACUUCAAGUACCUCCUCCCUCUUCUGCUGAUAUUCCUAUCUCUGCAAUCUGUUUAAAAUACAGCUGGUACCAUGUUUCAGUAGUCUGACUGCUAGCUAAAGCGCAUUGUCUUUGAAUUCAAAGACCUGCAUCUCAUCAUCUUACAUUUCUGCAUCAUAUUCUUUUCCCCUGCUACUCUGGACAUUCAGAUCUAUAUUUUAUCCCUUUCUCCUCCCCCCAUGUCUUUACUUAUGUUUGAUGUCAUAUUCUUCACUUUGAUUUAGGAAACUUUUUAGUAUAAUUGUAUGUUAUAUAUGUUAAUGCUACUACAAGAGAAAAUGACUGCACCUCUCGCUUUGCUUCGUGGGCAUUACAGUGCCCUGUUCUGUCUCUGCUUAUACAGAUGAAGUACUUUUUGAUCUACCAAAGCUGACAGGGAUGCAUGUUACCUUUGGAUCUUUUCUUACGGAGUCCUGUGAAAUGUAUGUUGCUGUAAAUCUUCCAAACUGGUUCACUUGUCCGAUGACUAUACUUCUUACUCUGGAGUAAGCAAAGAGCACUGGUGAGGCCAUGAUGUGAACUGCAGCAAUAUAGCAGCUGAUUCCUGAGUGGUACAGUGUUUGUCUUCUGAAUGAGCAAGACCAGUGCAGUGAUUUGGAUUGAAGCUUGGCUGGCUAAGUAGAAGAUAGCCAGAGCAGGAAAAGACCAUGUCUUUCAGGUGCAGUCACCUUUAGAUCAGCUAAAGUUCUAGGUCAAAUGAUUAGUUCUGUGACAAGACAGCAUGACAUUUUGAGUAUGACAGAAGCCCUGAUGCUGCAGCAGAGGCUGGGAAUAUUAAUGGCCAAAUCUAGAGAUCACAUGGUUUUCUAAAGAAGUCAUGGGUAGCUGUUGUAGCUGUCCAGAUAAAGAAACUGUCCCAGAUAACCAUCGAAACAAGUUUAAGGUUAUUAAUGUGGAUGAUGAUGGUAACGAACUGGGUUCUGGCAUAAUGGAACUUACAGAUACAGAACUAAUUUUGUACACCCGUAAAAGGGACUCUGUAAAAUGGCACUACCUCUGUCUCCGUCGCUAUGGCUACGACUCAAAUCUUUUCUCUUUUGAAAGUGGCCGAAGGUGUCAAACUGGACAAGGAAUUUUUGCCUUUAAAUGUGCCCGUGCAGAAGAGCUAUUUAAUAUGUUGCAAGAGAUAAUGCAGAAUAAUAGCAUAAAUGUGGUAGAAGAACCAGUAGUAGAAAGGAAUAAUCAUCAAACUGAGUUGGAAGCUCCAAGAACCCCUCGAACGCCUACCGCUCCUGGGUUCAAUGCACAAAGUUUACCUAACGGCUAUCCCAGAUACCCAUCUUUUGGAGAUGCUUCAUCACAUCCUUCCAGCAGACAUCCUUCUGUCGGAAGUGCACGCCUCCCCUCUGUCGGUGAAGAAUCAACACAUCCUUUACUGGUAGCAGAGGAGCAAGUGCACACUUACGUCAACACUACUGGAGUACAAGAGGAAAGAAAAAAUCGAUCAAGUGUGCACGCGCCACUGGAAUCAAAGCUUUCAAACACUGAAACAAUGAAAGCGAAAGAAGAUCAGAUGUGUACUGAUGACAGAGAUGCUCAGGUUCUCCUGGAGCCUGAAGGAGUCAAGUUUGUUUUAGGACCAACACCUGUUCAAAGGCAGUUAAUGGAAAGAGAGAAACUGGAGCAACUUGGAAGAGACCAAGUUAGCGGCAGCAGCACAAACAAUACUGAAUGGGACACUGGGUACGACAGUGAUGAACGUAGAGAAACACCGUCUGGUAAUAAAUUGGUGUAUGAAAAUAUAAAUAGGUUAUCAAUCCCUAGUGCCUCAGGGGUCAGGAGAGGUCGUUUGACAUCAACCAGUACCUCAGACACCCAGAACAUUAACAACUCUGCUCAGAGGAGAACUGCGCUGUUGAACUAUGAGAACUUGCCAUCCUUGCCUCCUGUUUGGGAAGCCCACAAGCUGAGUAGAGAUGAAGAUGACAGUUUAGGACCAAAGACCCCAUCUCUAAAUGGCUACCACAAUAACCUAGAUCCAAUGCAUAAUUAUGUCAAUACAGAGAAUGUAACAGUACCAGCAAGUGCUCAUAAAGUAGAAUUUACGCGACGUCGGGACUGUACCCCAACAGUCUUUAACUUUGACAUUAGGCGUCCAAGUUUAGAACACAGGCAGCUCAACUAUAUACAGGUUGACUUGGAAGGUGGUAGUGACUCCGACAACCCUCAGACUCCAAAAACCCCCACCACUCCACUUCCGCAAACUCCAACCAGGCGCACAGAGCUGUAUGCUGUGAUAGACAUUGAAAGAACUGCUGCUAUGUCAAGCUUGCAAAAAGCACUGCCCCGAGAUGAUGGUACUUCUAGAAAAACUAGACAUAACAGUACUGACCUGCCUAUGUGAGCCUGGGAAGCGUUAAAUCAUUUGCACCUUUUGUGAAGUUUAUAGAAUUGAAGAUGCAAAUACUUUGCAUUUCUUAACACUAACGCCUUUUAUAGACUAAUAGAACUUUUUCUGCCUACUUCAUGUACUUGUCUAACUAAAGGGAAUUAAUGUAGAGCAAGUAUUCAUUUAGGUAACACUAUUUCAUUCUACAGUAGUAGUAAUUACUGCAUAGCAGCAUCACCACCUUUCACAGUGCCUCUUUAAAUUGAUUAGACUCCGAGUGACAUGCCAGUUUUGAAUUUAUAAAUAUUCUGGUCUGGUGCCUAUACUCGUUAAUGACAUUUAUAACACUUUUUAAAGCCUCUUUUGAUAUGUGCAUUAUAUUAGCAGGUAAACCUAAUCUUUCAAAAUACCUAUCUUGCGUUCAUUCCUCAUUGAAGUGGCUCCUCCAGAAUGAAAUGUAUGUUAAUGCAUUAACUCACUCGGUUUGACGUACACAAGAUAUAUUGGUUCAUCUCAAGGGGUAUAAACACCACACCUUUUUUGUCCCUUUUUUUUUGGUUUGGUUUGGUUUUUGGUUUUUGGUUGGGGUUUUUUUUUUUGGUUGGUUUUUUUUUUUGUUUUGUUUUG